ACUAGAUCGGUGUGUUCGGGAUAUCUUCGUCAGUUUCGAGUUGGUCGUUGGUGGAAGUUUACGUUUACGUUUCAGUACGUGGACUGUAGUGGUUUGUGGAGAGUGUGACAACACUGAACCGUUGAUAACUGUCAUGUUAUUUUAAGGACUCGAUUUCGAAACUCUUUAAAUUUAAUCAGGAAACUAUGGUUGACACUCUUCCCAACAGUGGACCAUUAAUAAACAUCUUUCCAAAGUAUGGCUCAAAAUGCGAAUACACGGGAAAAACUAUCACCGAACCAGAUAACGGUCACAAGACCGAAAGUUUGAGCAAACUGGACUACAGAAAGGAGGGCGAACGGUUAAAAUCGUUCAAACAUUGGAAAAGUGAGGCAGUCCGACCAGAAGAGUUAGCUAAAGCUGGAUUUUAUUUUUUGAACAACCCUGCCAAUCCAGAUCUUGUUAAGUGUGCCUUUUGUAAUGCAGAAAUCUGCAGCUGGGAAUCUGGUGAUGAUCCAAUGGACGAACAUAGAAAAUGGUCUCCGAAUUGCUCUUUUAUUAGAGAUAAACUUCAUACAGCCAUAAGUCCUUUUGAAUUUUUCAGAAGUCAAGCUUCUGGGCAAGAUGUAUGUGGCAAUGCAGAAAUUUUCAGUAAUUCGAUUCCGGAAAGCGAAACAUUCAGAUUAUUAAGUAACAUGGUUAGGAAUUACGAAGAUGAAAAAAUUCGAUUAGAAUCGUUCGUCAAGUGGCCCAAAUCUUCAAAACAGAAACCGGAAAUCUUGGCAGAAGCCGGAUUCUAUUAUCGUGGAGUUGAAGAUCAUACAAUUUGUUUCAAAUGUGGUGGAGCUUUAAGAGAUUGGAAAGAUGAUGAUGAUCCCUGGGAACAGCACGCGCUCUGGUUUCCCAAGUGCAACUUUCUUCUCCAAAGUAAGGGAUCGAAAUAUGUUGAAGAUGUGCAGCGCAAACUCAAGUCUGGUGUUCCAUGUAACAACAUAACCAAAGAAAAAGAAUGCGAGCAGAAUGUGUGUGAACAAGGUUCCAGUGCGUCUCCAGAUGACGGGAUUCUCCGUUGCAAAAUUUGCGACUCGAACGAACGAAAUGUGAUUUUUAUUCCGUGUAAACACAUUUUAGCUUGUGACGAGUGUUCAAGACAGUUUAAUAACUGCCCGGUGUGCAGGAAGCGGAUUGACGAGAGAAUGAAAGUGUUUCUGUCUUAAACUGUUAAAUUAUUGGGUUUUUCAUUUCAUUUCUAGUCAAUGUUCUUCAGACUUCAUCUUUAUUAAUAAACUUCUAUCAAUAAA